CCGGGAUUGGUCUCUACCCUUUCCCUUCGUUUCUCCGUCAAGACUCAUAAUGCUGGGAGGGUAUGGUUUGAAAGGGCGCGGCGUUAUGCCCGCCAUCGCCCGGCAGCGAUUGGCCGCUUUCUCACGCUCCAGUCGAUCGAUGUCCUCAUUCCGUCCUCAGAGCUCACCACUCCCUGUCCGAUAUGGCAGGUUAACCCAGACACUGGCCGGGAAAAUGACUUGGAGACCGGCCUCUGCCAUUCCCGGAGUCUCUGCCACCCGGUUCAACUCGACCGCGACUUCCUCCGCAUCUGCCUCGUCGGCCGUGCCGGCUGUAGAGGCUGCCUCCUCCGCCAAUGCUGCGGCACCGGUUGAGGUUUCUGAUCUCGCAGAAAUCGAUAUUACUGCUAUUCCGGAACAGAUUGGAUAUCUGAAGCAGCUGGGCCUGGACUACGGCUGGGGUCCGUCCUCGAUGAUUGAAUACUUCGUUGAGCACUUUCACAUCUGGGGAGGACUACCCUGGUGGGCGAGUAUUGUCGCAACGGGUGUCUUGGUCCGUUUAGCUCUGCUGGGCCCGAUGUUCGGUGCCGCGGACACUGCUACCAAGAUCAACAACAUCAAGCACAUUUCCACUCCCAUCCGGACGAGGAUGAUGCACCAUGCGCGGGAGAGCAACCAGAUUGAGAUGAACAAGGCCCGGGUGGAGAUGCAGAAGCUCCACCAGGACCAUGGAGUCAAGCCCUGGAAGUCAUUCGUUCCGCUCAUCCAGAUUCCUUUCGGUUUCGGCUGCUAUCGCGUGGUCAAGGGCAUGGCUUCUUUGCCUGUCCCAGGGCUGGCUGUGGAACAUGUUGCCUGGAUUCAGGAUCUCACGGUGUCGGAUCCUUACUAUAUACUUCCUGCUGCCACAUCCCUUUUCAUGUAUCUUAGUUUCAAGAAAGGAGGAGAAUCCGGAACCAACGAUUUCACCAAGACAUCGUUGGGCAAGAUGUUCCUUUACGGUCUCCCUAGUAUGUCCUUUGCCUUCAUGUCGUUCUUCCCUAGCGCUCUUCAGAUCUACUUCGCCACCACGGGUCUCUUCGCCCUCGGACAAUCCUACCUUAUCAACAGCCCCGCCUUCCGUCGUGUUGCCGGCAUCGCUAUCGCCACAAAGCCCGCACCCGCAGUCGACCCUACGAAUCCGCUUGCCAGCCAAGGCGGAUCCGAGCAGAGCCGAGCGCUGCGUAUGCUCACCGAAGCCCUGGAGGCUGAAAAUGCCAAGCUGUCGGAGGGCCGCCCGGCCACCCCGGGCCAGGAGCUCAGCUUCAUCGACCGCGCUAUUGAGUCUCUGAAGCAGUCCAAGGACAAGCUCAAGCGCGAGACCACCGAGAAGGUGAAUGAGAUGCGCGGCGACGGACCCUUGAAGAACGCCGAUGGCACGCUUGCGGAGCCGCCGAGGCUCAGCGAGAAAGACCGCAAGUUGGCGGCGGACUACGAGAAGCGUCGAAAGGAGGAGGAAGACUGGAAGCGCGAAGAGCGGAACCACGCUCGGCGGGAGGCCCAUCUGCGGGCACUCGAUCUGGAGAGGGAGAAAGCCCGUGCGGCGUUCAAGCCAAAGGCGAAGCAGAGGUAGGGUAUGCCCCUGGCUGUUCACGAGGAGACGGUAGGGUCGAUAUGGAUAGAUGUCUUUGUAUUAUAGGGGCUACAGCAUGUUGUAGUGUUAUAGAUAGUGCAUGUUUAAUUUAUGUAUUCAUAUCUUCUCUCUC